AUGGAGCGGCCGGAUCGCGCAGAUCGGGCACCACUGCCCGUGACGGCCACCACGACGGCACCCACGGCCACGGCCACGACCUCGACGUCCUCUGGCGUUCGCGGCCUGCCCGAGAAUCCCGCUCAGGGUCGCCGGCCUGUCCCAAACUCGGCAGCCACGUCCAACGGGGCGACGCCGCUACCCCCUCCUCCUAUCCCGACCGGUAUAAACGCUGCUCCCAAUGGAAACCUCGCCGUCUCCAGGGCCCUCACGCCGGCCCAGGUCAUCAGUCUUGCCCGCGAUGCUAUGCGUAUGGCCUUGGAGAGCGAGGGGCAAACUGUCGAAGCCAGCAGCGCCGGAACUGGUCUAAAGUCUGGCGUGACCGUUGACCUCAGCCGAAAAAGUAUCCAAAAACUGCCGGAAGAGGUGGUAGAUAUCGUCAAAGACGAGCUUGAACGGUUCCUAAUUCGAACUAGACUUGCUCUCUCCCACAAUCAAUUAUCGGCUCUCCCUGUUCGAUUUUCCGAAUGUACAUCUUUACGCUACCUCAACAUCCGCGGCAACCUCAUCAAGGAGUUCCCCAUGACUCUAUGCGAUUUGACUUCGCUAGAGAUUCUUGACCUCGGCAGAAACCAACUACGUUCGCUACCAAACGAAAUUGGAAAGCUCGUUAGUCUCAAGGUUUUGUCCGUGCCCAAAAAUCACAUCCGCGAGCUGCCAUUAUGUCUUGCCGAUAUGGGAUCCCUCCAAGUUUUGAAAUUCGAAGGAAACCCGAUAAGCUUCCCGCCCAAGGACGCGUUGCGGUUACAGGCAGCUAGUCCCUCCAACGAAGCUAGGGAAACCGAAGUUACUGAAGUGGCGGUGACUGCUCACAUCAAGAAGUUUAUGCGCCAGUUCGCUAUCAACGGCAAGAUGGAGGCGGAAGGUACCGGCGACGAAUCAAGCGAGAAUGCAGAGACCCCCCGCUAUCCUUUGAAACGUGCAGCCAGUGGACGAUUUCCAAUCAGAGUCAAUGGAUCAGAUCCCCCAGAUAUUCGAUCACCGAACCUCGGCGCCAGAGCUCCUCCUAUCCCGUCUCGGUCACAUAACCGUGGCCUCUCGCAGCAGAACACUGCGAUUCGACGACCAAGCGUGAUGCCACUCACAAUUGGUAAUGUCAACGAACGCUUACGAAGUAACUCUGAAAGCCUCCUGAGGCCAGAUCGGCCAGAUGGACGUAAUCGACGCAUGGGAAUUGUAUCGAAGAAAACAUCAGAGCUCGAUACUCUAGAGGAGGCAGAACCCAACAACAGGUUCAGUCACUACCGAGGCUUGAGUCAUGGGUCCGCGAUGCAAGAGACUCCGGCCGCAACGAAAAGCCCAGCCACUCCAACCGACGGCGGCCUCUUGCAGCGUCCAAUCUAUGUUCGCAGAUUAUCAGUGCUACCAGAGCGAAGGCGAGAAUCGAAAGUUUACGAUCCGAUUAUCGAAUCUGCCAAAGGGAUUCUCUAUUCUGUGUUUCAGAUCCACCCCAUGAUCCAGAUGCUCAUGACAUUAACAAAUGACGGGUCAGCGAAAAGAUCUAGCCUGGAGAUUGUUUUCUAUAACACCAACUCUCACGUGGAAGAACUCGAACAAGAGAUUCAACGAUACGAAAGCGCCAUCCUGGAGGAAGGAGAGUAUAACACAAAGGACAACCAAAAUGUGCACCGUGCAUGCCAGACUCUAGUCAGUGCAUACGGUCAUGUUUGCACACUGCUCGCAGACAACAUUGAUACGUUUGUUAACAAUGGGGAUGCACGAUAUAUUCGGUCACUCCUCAUGUUACUUUACAACAGCAUCAUGGAACUGCGAGUCACAUUAUGUUCUGUAUCUUCGCACUCUGGCCGAGCAAUUCCCCCAAUGCAAUACGAGAGCAACAAUGACACUAUCAAGCCAUACACUCAAAAUGGCCAAGUGCAGUCCACCGCUUUGGACAGAAACGGGCAGCAGCGCAGCCGCCAAGGCACUAUACGACACAGUCCAGCCAAUUCAAGAUCCUCUCAAGAUCACCAGGGCCCAUACAUGAGCGGCCCGCGACGACCCAACGCCUACAUACCCAAUGAUCAGAUGGGGCCUCAAUUUCCUGCUUAUAAUACCGCGGAAGACGAUAUGCAGUUCGAAAGAAUAUUGGUUUCUCUACAAAAGUCUGCCGAUAUUGUUUUGCAGGUGCUACCGAAUUUCAGUAUGCAAUUAGCCGGUCGCCUUCGGAACGCGACACAGCAGCGAGCGCCCGAAGGUGCCCUACGCGACUUGAAGGGCUUAAUUAAUAUCUGCAACGAUACAGUCCAGCAGAGUGACGUGCUCAAGAAUCAGCUCGGCGCUUGGAAGCGACGUGACCCGAGUCUGCGUGUUCAGCCUGGCUUUGGAGUUUUGUGCAGAAACUUCUUCUCCUGCUGGGCAAGCACAGCCGGAAUGGUCAAGGAGUUGACCAAGCGUCUCCCUCUGCCACCAGACACUCGUGUGCGACUACGGCCUAUUCAGCAGAUGAUAAAAGAUACAAGCAACUUAAUUGUCCAGUCUCCCUGGCAGCAUCUAAUUCGAGCACCUGGUGCUCCUGGCAUGUAUCCCAGCGGCAUCAUAUCGCCUUCGAAUGUUCCCAUCACACCACAGAGCGCAGCCCUCGGUCCAGCGAUGCAGGCUACGGUGCCUGUAACACCACAGAGUGCCUCCUUUGCUAGGGCUUUCCAUGGCAACGUCUUUGACCGGGCCGAUGCGCUAAUUGCCAAUCCUGGCAUCUCCAUGUCAAGGAGCGGCCCAAUGAGUCGAGGACAUUCGAACCUCAGUUCAUUGUCCUCGAUAUCGUCCAUCUCUUCGGACGGGGCUCCUACCCCACCUUCUCACUAUUAA